GUCCGUCCUAUUUCCGGUUCCGUACUUUUUCUUCCAAAGGACGAAUCUGCGGCUGCUGGACUUCACGCACCUGUUUUACGCAGUUUAUUACCUUUACACAUUUUAACUUUUCCACCAGACCCUUAAACAGAUGUUAAUAUUUGUGAAACACUAAAUCCCUGGAAUGGCUCUGAGACACCUUUCGGUGAAGGCUCUCCUCUUUCUUGGGCUUUGUCAAGUUGGGCGCAGGGGUUUUGCCUCUGCUCCUGAAGUCAGAGAGGCACCCAAGAAAAUCGCAAUAAUUGGGGGUGGUAUUGGAGGCACGGCAGCUGCGUUUUUCUUGAGACAAGAGUUUGGGCCAGGAGUGAAGAUCGAAGUGUUUGAGGCGGGGACUGUCGGAGGGCGUCUGGCCACUGAGAACAUUGGAGGAUACGAGUAUGAGAUAGGGGGAUCCAUUAUUCACCCCCUUAACCUGCACAUGAAGUAUUUUCUGGACAGACUCGGUAUGUCACCUCGUGCUGAUGUAGCUUCUAAACUGGCUAUAUUUGACGGGAAGGAGCUGACCUUUGAAGAGAGUGACUGGUUCAUCGUGAAUUUCAUACGCAUGCUGUGGAGAUAUGGAUUCAGCUUCAUUCGAAUGCAUAUGUGGGUGGAGGGCAUACUGGACAAGUUUAUGAGGAUAUAUCAGUACCAGCAGUUUGGCUACUCAUUCUCCAGCAUGGAGAAGCUGCUGCAUGCUAUGGGUGGAGACAGUUUCCUCACUCUGGUCAAUCAGACGCUGGAAGAGGCCAUGCUGGCUGAGGGCUUUUCUCAGGUCUUUCUCAAUGAAAUGGUAGCACCCAUCACACGAGUCAACUAUGGCCAAAGUGUCCGAAUCAGUGGAUUUGCGGGUGCUGUUGCACUAGCAGGAGCCGAGCCAGGGUUGUGGGCAGUGGAUGGAGGGAAUAAGUUGGUUUGUUCCGGACUUUUGUAUCACAGCAAAGCCGAACUUGUUCCAGCUCGUGUGACUACCAUCUCUAUGAAGAUGAGACCAUCUAAAACUGGUUCAGUAACAAAUUUCUAUGAGGUGAACUACGUUGGUGAGUCUGGUGCCGCCCAUGCCUUGUACGACAUAGUUGUAGUUGCCACACCUCUCCACCAGGACGUGUCUGAGAUCAACUUCUUAGGCUUUUCUCCACCCAUUCCAUCCCACUUCCCUGGCCGUUACCACCAAACGGUGGCCACGCUGGUCCACGGUCUGCUCAAUGUGUCCUUUCUGGGCACCACAGACAAGCCGGAAGACUUCUUCUUUUCCGAUGUCCUCACGCUGGAUACAAAGCCUCCUGACAUCCAGAGCCUGAGCUCUCUGGACCCGGUGAAGAUUCCCAAGGGCUACAGCCCCAGCCCUGCUAGCCAAAGAAAAGUAUGGAAGAUCUUCUCCCCCCAGCCUCUUUCUCAGAAGCAUCUGCAGCAAAUCUUCCUUUCCUGGGACUCCGUGUCAGAGAAGCGCUGGCUUGCGUACCCCUCCUACAGCCCGCCGCAGCGCAGGACCCCUCCCUUCAUCCUCCAUGAGCACCUUUACUACCUCAAUGCCGUGGAGUGGGCGGCCAGUGCAAUGGAGAUGAGCGCUAUUUCCGCCCGUAAUCUGGCCCUGCUCUCCCAUCACCGCUGGUACCAGCAGACAGGCAAAAUCGACCAGGAGGAUCUGCACACCCGACUCAGAGGUGAACUUUGAGGGAAGAGCAGUGCGGUUCGUCAUAAACUUUGUUAUGGAGAUGACAGAUUGGAUUUAUGUAAGGCAGAUCUGUGCUGUUUUUUGUUUUGUUUUUUUUGAGGUUAUGACCUAAGUGAAUCUGAUUAAAAAAAAUAUUUUGCCCCAAUAAUAAGAAAUUAUAUUUUACCUAUUUUAAGUAACAUUAUUUUCAGUACAAUGAAGCAUAUUCACCCUAUAAUUCUCAUUACUGUAAUGUGGAAUAAUUUCAGUAUCAUUACAUAAGUUCAAUUCAGUAUAACAAAUACUACCUUGAUCUGUACUACAAAUGUACUAUAAUAUAUAAAUUGUAUGUAUAUAAUAUUAUUAUAAUUCAUAGAUUUUUAUAAAUUUUAUAUUUUUUGUCAGUGUUUUGAGAUUCAACAAUGAUUUUGUUAGCAGUGGCCUGGCAUUUAAAGUAGAAUCACAAUAACUUCACUGCAAAAAAUAGUUAUACUAGUAUUUUUACUAGUAUCUUUAUUAUUAUAGAUGUCUGAACAAUAGAUUUGUACAUUUUCAUUUUGUACAGAACACUUACGGGUAAAUCAGCAUGUUUCACAGACUACAAAGCCAUAGAGAAAAUAAUGAUUUGACAAUUUUUGUACGCAGUCUGUCUACAUUUGUCUUUGUGGGUGAAUCUCUUGAAACCUGUUAUGAACUUGUUGGGUUGCAUUGUAAAAUAUUUCAUCACAAUUAAGCACAUUUUUAUUUUCAUUAAUGUCUGGAUGUUUAUGUCAGGAAGUUUUUUUAUUCUCAUUGAUGAUUUUUAUAUUCUCAUUAAUAGAAUUUAACCAUAUUACAUUAAACAGAAAUAUUGUAAUAAAAGCACAAAUUAAAAAUGACAAAUUAAAUACUGUACUACUAAUAUUACCAUGAUGUUAAUUACAAAACAAUAUUUUUCCCUUGUUUUGUGUUAUGACCUGUGUUCUAGACAGGUUUCAUGGGAUUCACUCUUGUGUCCUUCAGGUACAUUUUAGGAAGAGCAACCCAGGAUGCGCUGUAAAAUUUCACUGUAAUAGUGAACGUUUAUGUGAUAGAUUCUGGGUAUAUUGCCCACUUAACUCUUUUAAUAACCUUUGCUUGUGAUGAGAAACAGUAUGUAGGAACACUUUGAUUAGCACUACAGACGCCUUUUUUUUUUUUUUUUUUUUAAUGAAAUGGAACAAAGUAAUAAUACAUAUUGAUUGAUACUACUGCUACUAGUGUGUUUGUGUGUGGUGAGGGUCAUUAUCAUGUGCUAAGUUUGCACAGAUAUGUUAAAACUACAAUGUUAGAUCACCUGUUUCAUUUGAAUACAGUUUCAAUGACCUAUAACUUUGAUGCAUGUGCAUACGAAACUCUUUUGAAUUCUUAUAAUUUUGUUCUUCCUGCACAUUUGCGUUUAAUAUGUUAAUUGUUCUUGGUGCCUUAAAGUGCCUUUGGUUUUCAAAACUGCAAAAAAAAAAAAAAAAAAAAGAAUUUGAAUGACAGUUUAAAUGUAAAAGAAUGGAUGUGACUUGAUUUUAUUUCUGCAGACCAAAGUGAAGGUUUUUUUUUUCCUCCCCAAUUCUUUUUUUGUUUUGUUUUGUUUUUUUUGCAUUACAUUAGUUGAAAUUUAAUAAUGAUCACCAUGGAGAAUAAGGGAUCAAAACCUUCAGAAGUAUUUUUUUUUUCCCCCAGUUGCACAGACUAUCACACUCCUGGCAUUCUGGCAAGUAUACAGACUACUGACAUUUGGACUGGGGCUUGAUAUGAGCUUCUAACUUUGUUUUUCAUGCAAAUGAGCCUUUCUUAUCGAUGAUUUGCUUGUUGCCUUCCUGCAACACACUGAUUUCAUUCUGUUUACAUAUUUGGGAUUUUUCUUUUUUUAUUCUUGUAUUAAGGAGGAACAGUGUUAAGAAAUGAAUGAAGAGUGUUUCUGUAAGAACAAAUGGAUGAUUGAUAUUGAUGGGACUUAAGAAUGAGAAUUUUAUGUUGAUUGAAGAUCAAAAUAUGUUUGCAAUAAAGGUUCAUGUCUUUUAAAA